AUGUUCCGCCUUAGCGUUCUGCUGACCAUCGGUCUGGCCGUUACGGCCUUCGGCAAUGUGCUGUCGCCCGAGUACUACGAAUGGGCCGGACGUAUCGUUGGUGGCCAGAACGCCGGAACGAACCAGUUCCCGUACCAGGUUUCGCUGCGCUCCGCCGGCAAUGCCCACUUCUGCGGUGGCUCGAUCAUCAACAAUCGCUACGUGCUGUCGGCCGCUCACUGCACGAUCGGCCGUACCACUGGCAACACGGUCUCCGUGGUUGGCACUAUCUUCCUGAACAGUGGAGGCAUUGCUCACCAGACUGCCCGCAUCGUCAACCACCCGAGCUACAACGCCAACACGCUCGCCAACGAUGUGUCGCUGGUGCAGACCGCUAGCUUCAUCACGUACACUGCCGCUGUGCAGCCAAUUGGUCUCGGAACGAACUUCGUCACCGGUGGUGGAGCCCUCGCUUCCGGUUGGGGUCAGCUCGGAGCCAACAUCGGUAUCCCGAACCAUCUGCAGUUCCUGAACACCCAGAUCAUCACGCUGGCUGAUUGCCGUAACCGUCACACCGUUGCUAACGCCAACCGUGUCUUCGACUCGACCGUCUGCACGCUCAGCCCAUCCGGCCAGGGCAUGUGCAUGGGAGACUCUGGUGGCCCGCUGGUCCAGGGUGGUGCAGUGCACGGUAUUGUCUCGUGGGGUAUCCCGUGCGGUCUCGGCCAACCCGAUGUGUUCGCUCGCGUCUCGUCCUUCGUCGGCUGGAUCAAUGCCAACGCUGUCUAA